AUGGCUUCCUCCCAACAUCACCAACCAUCAUCCCCGGGCCAAAAGGACGUUCCUCCGUAUGAGUUGCUCUACUGGCCAGGCAUCCCCGGCCGUGGUGAACACAUCCGUCUGGCCUUCGAAGAGACCUCAACCCCGUACACUGACUCGGCUCAUGUCGAAGAUGGCAUGGGUCUCGUGACCUCCCAGAUCUCCGCCAACAAUCUCGGCGACGCGCUUAACCCUCCUCCCCUGGCACCACCUAUCCUCCAGCACGGCCCGCUUCUCAUCAGCCAAACGCCCAAUAUUCUCUUGUACCUGGGCCCGAGGCUGGGUUUGGUCCCCAGCGUAGAGGAAGAUGCCAGCGGUGUCUAUCGCGUCAACGAACUGGCGCUCACGGCACUCGAUGGGCUGAGCAACGAGGUCCACGACUGCCACCACCCGGUGUCGACGGGAUUGUACUACGAGGACCAAAAGGCAGAGGCCCAGCGCAAAUCGCAGGACUAUAUCAAGAACCGACUUCCCAAGUUUCUGGCCUAUUUCGAGAGAGUCUUGAGCGGCGAAGCUAGCAGAGGCGGGACGUGGCUGUACGGAGGAGUGUUGACAUACGCAGACCUCGUGCUUUUCCAAUGUCUUGACGGCCUUGGAUUUGCCUUCCCGAACGCGCUCAGCCGGCUCGCGAAGGGGGGGGAUUACGCUAAGGUCUUUGCGCUCUACGAGAAUGUCCAGCAGCGGCCGAACAUCAAGAAAUAUUUGGCAAGCGGGAGGAGACAGCAGUACGGGAUGGGAAUCUACAGGCACUAUCCAGAGCUGGAUGAACCAUGA